AUGGGCAAAGUUCUGUUACCGGACAGCGCCGUGAGCGUCUUGGGCGCUGUGGCCGUGCUGCUGGUGGCCGCAGUCAGCUACCAGUGCGCCCUGGCCACGUGGCGCAAGUUGCUCCGGGGGUGGCGGCUGGGCUCUGACAGCGGGGUGGAGGCGGAGGCGGCGCCGACGGCCGUCCGCAUCAGCCACUCGCUGCCGGACUUGCAGCCCCUGCCGCCCCCAACAGCACCGGCACCCGUACUCGUUCCCCGCACCCCUCGUCCUUGCGAGGUCAAAAAGGUUCUUCGCCAAACUACUCUUCCUUCUGUGCCGACUCGACAUCAAACUUUUCAGCGUCAACUUUCUCACCGACUCGAUCUUGACGAUGUUCCUUUCACUGUCUGCACUCUUGAGCCCAAGCACAGCCUAGGUCACAUAAUGCCGGAGUUGUACACGAAGGAAAUGAUUCUGCAGACGGCCAUCGAGGAAGUCGACAAUGUGCAGACAUGCGGCACUUUAAGCUUCUCUCUGCGCUACGACAAAGACGUCGAGGGUCUCGUCGUCAAGAUAUUGGAGGCGCACGAUUUGCCCAUCAAAGACUUCACGGGCAGCAGCGACCCUUACGUCAAGGUCCAACUUCUGCCGGACAGAAAGAGGAAGUUCCAGACCAAAGUGCACCGCAAGAACUUGAACCCCGUGUUUAAUGAGACCUUCAUAUUCAGUGUUGCUUUUGAGGAGUUGGCCGAGCGAUACUUGCAAUUCUCUGUUUACGAUUUCGACCGCUUUUCAAGACACGACCUCAUGGGCCAGGUCGUGUUUCGAGGGCUUGUGGACCAGAGCGAUUUGGAAAAGGAAAUUGAGUUCACAAUGAACAUCAUCUCCACGCCCCAGGAAAAGAAGGCGCUCGGCGAACUGAUGCUUUCGCUUUGCUACCUGCCCACCGCAGGACGACUCACAGUCACAGUCAUCAAAGCGCGCAACCUGAAGGCCAUGGACAUCACUGGCUCCUCUGAUCCGUACGUGAAAGUGUCACUCAUCUGUCAGGGCAGGCGGAUAAAGAAGCGGAAGACGAGUGUGAAAAAGGCUAACCUCAACCCCGUGUACAACGAGGCGCUCGUCUUUGAUGUGCCCUCGGAAAAUGUAGAUGACGUCAGUCUGCUUAUCAAGGUUUUAGAUUAUGACAGAGUCGGCUCAAAUGAAUUGCUCGGUUGCGCCGGGAUCGGAGCACAAAUCGCAGGUUUAGGCCGAGAGCAUUGGCUGCAGAUGCUGGACAGUCCGCGGCGUCCCGUUGCUCAGUGGCACCCUUUGAAAGAGUCUCCGCCACCUCCAUUACAUCUUGCGUCCUCCUCAUCGCCUCCAAUUAGCUUCAACUGUCUCAACACAAGGUGAAGCGAUCCAGAAAAGUUUGGAGGUCUUCACAUAUGUGCACAACUUGGGGACGUCUUUCCGUCCUACUGGCAGUCGGCGUCAAGUUUCUUCCUUUAACAAGGCCCUCUGUGAAUAGAAAGGCCCCUAGUCAGCAAAGCACAAACGCGAGUAGAAGCAGGCACAAGCAUAAUUGUAAAAAAUGUGCAAACUUAAGUGUCUUAGUUCUCUAACAUGUAUAUUUCUAUUCUUGAUUUCUAUCACAUCUCAUUGUCUAAAGAAGGAAAAAAAGACAAUUAAUUUAGUAAAAUGAAAAAAAAAGAGUUUUGGUGACAUUUUUUUCUCACCAUGAGGCCUUUGAUAUUUGAGUUGAUUGUUUCCGAAAAGCGAGGCAGCUUUAUAGAUGCUUAGAUUUCGGUCGGUGUUUGGGAUUUGUGAAAUCUUAAGGAUAAGUAGGCUGUAGUGUAUUAUAUAUUUAUGUACACUGGUGCUCAAGCUACUCUGAUUGAAAGUGACGAUAAUCGCCGGAAAAAUUUGUAAAAUGAAUUAAUGGCUCACGCCUGUAACUUCCGAUUGCAAGUUUCUAUAUAUGUUUAUAUUAUUCAUUUUGAUUUUAUAGACAAUAAAUCUGGCCACUUUUUAAGUGGAGUUUAAGGAUUGGGGCGCGCAAAAAAAACUCGUUUUACAACAAAAACUUCUCUGAAUGUUUAAAAAAAAAACGAUUUUAUUGGAAUAUAAAUAUAUAUCUCUGUCAGUGUGAUUGGAGAGACAAUCUCCAAAACAAAGGCUGUCAACUUUGAUGAAUAAAAUAUUUAUGUUUUUCUAUAGCAUCAACACUAAUCAGCCUAAAUGUGUUCAAUAUAUAUUGAAAAGCAAAAUUUAAAUAAAACAAAAAUAAAACAGACUUAAUUUAUUUCAGCUGGAAAAUCUUUGCUCAUUAAAGUUAUUUCUUCAAAAAAGUACUCUUUGUCUAAAUAAAAAUCAUUUUAUUAAAUUUCUCAACGCAUCCGACCAGAACUUUGAAAUUAUACUCGCAGAUCAAUUACUAAGGGGGGACAGUGAAAACUGAAGGUGAAUUAUGAUUUUCAAAUUCAGACUGUGCUCUUUAUAGCGCUGGUCCACUGGAAAAAAAUUAUUGCGAGAUGAUAAUAUUAAUAAGUGUCUAUCUGUUAGGAUACUACAUAGUUGUGGGCUACUAUAGAUGUGGCCUUCAAUGUUCAUAUGGUUCAUAUUAUAUAUUUAUAAAACGAUGAAUGGUAGUUUUUAGGUUGUUUAGUUAUAAAUCCACAUACAGUACAUACAUAGAUAGCUGAACGGCGUUAAAAGCAGAAACCUUUCCUGUGUUUUAGCAAAAUAUCUUUCAGAAAAUCUGUGUAAUUUUGUGCCACAGAGCUGGUGCGGUAUGUGUAAGUUUUAAAUUUACGCGGAGCUGCGAUCUGAUUGAUGUUGAUUUGUCCAAAUUUUAGUGACCAAAUAAAGUCG